CCGGAUGUGGCCCCUGCCCGGGAAAAUGGCGGCGCCGGGGUGGGCGGAGGGAGCGUUGUAGCGCCCGGUGCCGUCCCCGCCAUGGCGGACCUGGGCCGGCAGCUGCACGAGUACCUCGCGCAGUCCAAGGCCGCUGCUGCCGCCACCGGUCCCAGCGCGGUCCCCGCAGCGCCGGCGGCCGGCGGCUCGCAGGAGGAGUCGGGGAACGGCGGCGGGCUGCGGGCCUGGCUGGGGGCGCUGAACCCGUUCCCGCCGGGCAGUGCCCCGGGCGCCACGGUGUGGCCUUGGACGGGAGAGGAGGACCCGUGGCUGCCGGGGCUGUCGCGCUGGCAGCGGCUGGCGGGCAGCGGGCUGUGCGUGCUUCUGGCGGCGCUGUGCUUCGGGCUGGCCGGGCUGUGCGUGCCGCUGCUGCUGCUGCGCGCCCGCAAGUUCGCGCUGCUCUGGUCGCUCGGCUCGCUGUGCGCGCUGGGCGCCGCCGCGCUGCUGCGCGGGCCCGCCCGGCUGCUGCGGGAGCCCGGCCGCGGGGCGCUGCUGUACCUCGGGGCGCUCUUCGGGACGCUGUACGCCGCGCUGGCGCUGCGCAGCACCGCGCUAACUGCGCUGGGCGCCGCCGCGCAGCUCGGCAUCGCCGCCACGGCGCUCCUGGCCGCGCUGCCCGGAGGUGCCGCCGGCCUGCGCCGCCUCGCCGGGCUGCUCCGCGCCGCCGUGUGCGGCCGAGGCAAGGCAGCACUGCCUCUGUGAGCCCGGCGCGCCGGGGAGGAGCGGCCGCGGCCCCGCGGGAGUCCCUCACACACGGAGCCGGAGCCUCGCGCUGUCGCCAGCCGACUCCCAGACCGGGGACGCCGCUUCUCUUCGCCUCCUCCGCGUCCCGGCACGUUUUACUCGCCAGCGCUCAAGGAGCAGCAGCAGCGGGGCUGGCAGCCCGGAGCGGCCCCGGUGACUCGGAGCUGCAGGUGCUGUGUGCGGUGUCAGCCUGCCGAGCCGCCCCCGGGCUCGUUAUCUGCCUUACCGCGCUGCCAGCUCUAUAGCCGCGGCUUGGCAUCGCUCCACCUCUGGGUGGGGAGCUGGCAGCAUCCCGCUCAUUCUCCAGCCCGGGAGCGUGCGGCUGCUGCUGCGGCUGCUGCGGACCGCGCGGUCGGAGCCCAUGCGGCGGCACUGAGGACUGAGGAGCGGCUGAGGUGCGCAAGGCUGACGGAUGCUGAAACACGAAGAUGAUUUAGCAAAAUGCCAUCGAGGCUAGGGGAGAACAUUGAAAAAUUAACUGGUAUUACCUCAUUUUGUGCUGACCCCUACACUAUGAACACAUACUGGUUUUGCUGUCACCUCAGACCAGUGGUGAAUACGAAGACUGUGGCCACUGAACUGCAUUUCUCUCUAUAAAGCAGCUUUAAAAUAACCUUCCAGAUGGCAGACUAGCAAGCAGUGGUGAUUGCCUGCAUUUUGGAAUUUUGACCUCAGCACCAUUGUAGACAGCUGUGACUAAAGAUGAAAAUGAAACUUCUCUGUACAUGAUAAACCAAAGCCCUAGGAAUCAUCUCUCAGUAUUUUAACUGGCUGAGAUUUCAGGAGGUAGUGCUGUUGCUCCAUCUGAAACACAAGUUUGCCUAAAUACAACCCUCUGUAGUAAUAGUUGCUGCUGCUCCUUCCUCCUCGAGAAGGGUUAUUGCCUGCCCCAGGGCCUCCACCAAAGGCUUCCUCCCUGUGGAAUCCAUCGUGGUGGUCUCCAUCUAGAGAACUGGACCUCCCAGAUUUCUGCGCUCUCUGUGAAGGUCCCGAAUUUCCUCGUCCUGCAAAGGAAGCACAGAACCAGUUACUGGUGUAAGUUUGAGCUGAGUCUCUUCUCAGACAUGCCAGAUACUGAGCUGCUUCUACUGUAGUGUCAUCAUUCAUAAAGCAGCUGUAGCUGAGACCUGCAAUUUUAUGCCUCCUCCUUCAUUACAAGUUUCUUACACAGAUUUAGUGUCUCCAUUACAGUUCAGAAAAUGGACAACAAUCAAGCAAUUCCUCGGGAAUUAAAGGAGCUUGUAUUUGAUACUGUCAGCAGGCACUGAAAUGAAGUCAGAAUAAUGACAGCUUUUCCUCCAAACUGCCAGUUCUUGUGCUAACACUGUGGUUCUCUCUGUGUUUUUAUUGCAAAAUACUUUUUUUAAAUCCUAAACAAAGACAUUGCACUGUUGACAAACUGAGACAGUUGAGGCUGAUGGUGAAGAUCAUGAGUAACAUUACUGUUUUUUUUCAAUAUUUUGCUAAAAAUAAUAGAAAAAUGCUUUAUUUUACUACACUAACCUGGAACAAAAAGUACUCAAGCUCUUACUGCCAGGAACAGAAUGUUCUAAUUCUCACAGAAUAGAAUUUUCUAAUUCUCACAUACCAUUUUGGUUUUGAUAUGUUUGCUAUGAACAACAAAAAACCCCAACCCAAUUCAUUAGCCUAAAAUAAGAAGCAGUAUUUUGAGAAAACAAAAUCAGUGGUAACCUUGUUUUAAGGACACACACUACAGCUAAAUUCAGGUAUUUUUGCUGCACUUUAGCAAAAGUGAUUUCUGUUGACUGUGGUUGGUUCCAUGUAAAACAGUCACCAAAUUCUUUCACAGAAACAUUCAUGGAGUUUUAAUCUUCAAAGGACUUUCCCAAUACAACUGAAGGUGACACAGCCCACAUAUGAAGUAUUGUUCAUGGUUUGUUUAUCAGGCUUUCUGCCAUCAUUCUAAACUUUCUUGAGCACAUUAUGAGUUAAUUACCACAUUUGUGCCUGGACAACAAUUGUUUUGACUUUAACAAAGAAUCUGACAGAGUUACCACAAUCAUUACUGAAGCUGGAAAGGAGUCCUUACAGAUUUGAUAGAUGCUGGCUAAAUUGAGAACUACAGCAUGUGAUAUGGAAGGAAAAAUACUGGUAGAGAAGUUUAUCAGCAGAUAAACAUCUGUGAAGGAAUGAUAAAAUGUAAACCAUCUGUGAUAACAUUUAAAACAUCUGUGAAGGAAUGAUAAAACCUGGGAACAGAGUCCAUGCAGAGGAGGAGUGGCAAGCAGUUAAAACUGAAUGAGCUUUGGGACAGUGCUGAGAGAAGUGGGCUGGGAUUCAGUGUUCAGUGGCAACAGACAGAGCUGUGCAGUCUAACAGCAACAAAUUCAGCUGCAGGCUGCCAGCUCAGCAUCUAGGAGCAAAUGAGAAGGAUGUUUGUCACUGAUCAGUACCUGACAGUGGGUAGUCAUUGUGAGGACGUUAAAGAAAGACAGUAUUUACACAAGAAAACAGAAGCCCUGAGACCUGUAAGAAAUAGGAUCAAGAACUGGCCUGAUGCUAACAGCACUGACUCCAGAAGAAUGUGUUCUGUGGGUUACAGAAACAUGGGACCACUUAGAGGGAACUACAACACCAGGAACUCUGAGGAAAGAAUGGAGAAAGUGGAACAAGUACAAGACAAGUGUAGAAAUGCAUAGCUACACCACAUCUUAAACAGUGUGUGCAACUCCUAAUUACCUCAUUUAAUUUAGAAAAGGAACAUUUAAAACUCAAAAUAGCACAUACAGAGUAACAUGGAUAGUGAAAGAGACAGAACAAUUUCUAGAAAGAAUAAAGAAAUCAGAGCUCUGACUUGGAGAAGAGCUGGUUCAGGCUGGAAGUGGUGGAGUUCAGUGCAAUCAGAUGUGGCAUUCAGUAAUAACAGGGACCAACAUUCAACUUAAUUACAACACAAGACAUCAAAUUAAAUUAGUGAAUGAUAAGCAUAGAUUAAGGGAAAAACAUUUUCCCUCUUUUUAUUUUUUUAAAGCAUAGCCUACUUUAUUUAAGUUUUAGAGGUCUGUCCAUGGAUGUUGUGUAUAUCAAAAGUUUAUAUGAUUCUUCAAGCAAUUAGAGGAGUACACAAAAGGUAACUAGAAAGCCAUUAAAUAUAAAAAUAAUGUUUUAGUAAGUGAGAUCUUCAGAGGUUUAGAGAGCACUUCAGGGACAUAUCACUCCAGGCUCAAUGUUCUUAUAUUUGAGUUAAAGAAUAACAUCACAAGCAUUAAUAUUUAUAAACAACUAUUCUGAAAAUGAGGAAAAAAUGUUCUUAAUGAGUUUUCCAGCUGGAGUAACAGGGAACCAAAAACCAACUACUUUUCAACAGGGCAAUAAAGAAGAGGAUUCUGUGAUGCUGGACACAAGAUUUGGAUUUGAUGUUUGAAAAUCCCUCUGUUCUUAUGUUCCUGUAAGACUGGUCUGUAACUUCCCAGCUGCUAAAAUCAGAUAUUUACCAGCUCAGCUUUAUCCCCUCUGAACAGAGAACUUCUGGAUACACUUAAUACUGAAAAUACAUGCCAGUGUUACUUAAGGGUUGUAAUCAAAGGGGCUUUUUACCUUUGCCCCUCUCCUCUGGAGGUCCACCUGGAGCAUCCAUGUCCCUGUGCUCAGAGGUUCCUGGUCCAUCGUGCCAGGGACGUUUCCGUGGUGGCAGUGAGGCCAUGUCCAUGCCCUGGAGUGAAGAGGAACGUUCUCUGUUGGCUGGAGAGUGCCCAUCAUGAGGAGGGUGAUCUGGACGAGGACCUGUGCACGAAAACACAAGAUAAGUAAUGUUUAUUGGAUUGUUACUCUUCAUUUUUCAAGGCAGCCACAUAAAUUUACAAACUGCCCACACUGUUUGGCACACAGUUUGGAGUUAAAAUUAUGUAAAGCUUCUCCUCUGUCCCAUUUUUUAGUAAAAAAGCUAAAGGUAAAACAGAUUUUCAAGAUGAUGGGAAAGAAAAGUGUGGCAGAUGUAAAGUGUUCUUUCCAGUAUAAAAUACUUCCAUGUAUUUUAGAGACAAUCACAUCUUCAUUUAUUCAUGUGCCAUUUGUGCUUUGUUUUCCAUUACAUUCUACAGCUCUGUCUUGCCCCUAUAUGGGGCUGCCUUUAGUAAUACAACUGCAAAUAUAAAUUGUCAGACAUUGCAGCUGAAAAGAUACCAACACAGAGAAAGAUUCCUGUUGGCAUUAAUAAAGAUAUUUAAAAAAACCCCAUGACAUGUGAUUCAGUCAUCCAGAGGUGACAACUGCCUGGGCAAUUCUGGACUGUACAAGAACACAACUGAAAAUCAAGGCUUUGAGGCCACAAUCACUUUUAUUCACUGUAUUUAGGGACAGUCAAAUUCUGUAUAGUUCUUUCUUCCUAAAUUUAAAAGACCAAAGAACUGCAUUUGGCUUUUCUCAUGGUAAAAUACUGGUAACAAACGUGAGGUACAGGAAAAAUACAUGAUUUUUAAAAUAAUUUUUGAAGUUAUUAUAUUGUAGAAGUCUACAAAGCUCAUGAAUUUUUUUACCUGGUUCUCUGUUUCCAUCCCAGGAGUCUGGUUUCCUCCCUCCUUCAAAGCGUGGGAAUUCAUCUGGAGUAGGAAGCAAACCCUUCCGAGCUCCUGAGCAGUAAGAGAAGCAGGGGACAGGAGUGAGAAGAGACAUUGUAUUCAUGAAAAUAAUGUCACCUGCCCAAGAAACGCCUUUCCUUCCUCAUCCUUGUGUUUCUGUGUGGAAGAACAUUCCCCUUACCUCUCGGAGCACCUCGACCUCGCCCCCGAGCACCAUGGUCCCUUCCUCUGGAGUUUUCAUCUGGAGAGUCAAAAGCAUCAUCUGGCCCAAAAUCUUCAGGGCCAGGAAAGCCAUCUCUGCCCCUGGGCCCCCGGCCCUCGUGCCUCGAGGGUCCUCCUCUUCGGAAGCUACAACAAAGAACAUGAUACAAAUGUGGCUUUUAGGCACAAUUGAGGCAGUUUAAUGAUCAACUCAUUUCUAAACUGUUUCACUUCAUGCUACAGCACAUACAGUUACUAGAACAGGAUUUGUAGGUGGAAAAGUGCCCAUUUCUGCCUUUGAGCACUUUGAUAGUAAGCUUUGUAAUCUUCCUUUCAUAUUUCCUUCCACUGAUUAUGUUGGCUUUUCAUACAAGAAAAAUAUUAUUAAACACAGUGCAUUCAUUUAAUGAAAAGGUGGGAAAAACAAUCAAUGAGUGAUGAUAGAUACAAGGUGAGGUAAGGCAAGGCAAAGUGUGAGUUCCCCUUAACUCUGAUGCUCUUACAUUCCCCUUCCCUUUUUUCCUUUCCAUUUCCAUCAUAAACUGAAAACAUAGAA